AUGAACACUCCGAACAAAGCAUUUCAUUUUAAUCUAAGUAAAAAUAAUUUCACUACAACACAUGGAGAUGAUCCUUUCUCACCUGCGAAUUAUAUUCACAUCUUUUGUACUUUGGAAAUUCCGACCCGUAAUGAGAAACAAAUUGAUAGCAGAUACGAUUUAAUUAACAUUCUUAGUUUUUUCACGUCAAUGCUGUACGACACAUGUAAAGAAACGAGACAAGCAAAUGAACUAGAAGCUUUAGCUCAAUUACAUGAAUAA